GGACACUGUUCUCUUUGGAGUUUUUCUGUGAGCCUUGGACACAGAUAAGGGCAGUGACUGACGUAACUCCUGUCUGAAGAAACCUGAUCCUGGUUCUCACUCCCUCCGCUCUGAGUUAGCACUUUCUCCACGCUUCUGUCCAGUGCCUGCCGUCCCUGCUCUGCAGUUUGGCUCUGCCACCUCAUACCUUGGUUGUGCUACAGUGUGCUGUGCUGUGAUAUUCACCCCUGAGUGUUCUCUGUUUUUCCUGGGCGGCAUUCCAGAUGGCGAACGAGUUAAGGCCCUGUCCAUGUGACAUUGGAGACAGAUUUGAUUAUGGCGGCCGUGGGCAGGAAGUACAAGUUGAGCACAUCAAGGCCUAUGUCUCCAAACCCUCCACCAGCUCAGACAAAGCUGUGAUUGUGAUUCAUGACAUAUUUGGGUGGGAACUCCCAAACACGAGAUACAUAGCUGAUAUGCUAACAGCCAAUGGAUACACAGCCAUCCUGCCAGAUUUUUUUGUGGGACAAGAACCAUGGAAACCUUCGAAUGACUGGGCUACCUUCUAUGAUUGGGUGAAAUCACGAGAUGCCGGCAAAAUAGACAAAGAAGUUGAUGUUGUCAUGAAGUAUCUAAAGGAACAUUGUGGUGCAAAAAACAUUGGUGUAAUUGGGUUCUGCUGGGGUGGAGCAGCAGUACAACACCUGAUGCUGAAAAAUCCUCAUUUAAAGACAGGAGUGUCUCUUUAUGGAGUGAUCAAGUUCUUUGAUGACAAAAGCAGUUUGCUUCACCCAACCUUCUUCAUUUUUGCUGAAAAAGAUGAAAUCGUCCCUCUGGAGCAAGUUACUGUGCUGGAACAGAAGCUUAAACAAAACACUAAAGUUGAUUAUGAAGUUAAAAUUUACCCUGGACAGACUCAUGGUUUUGUGCACCGCAAAAAAGAAAACAUCAAUCCUCAGGAUAAACCUUAUAUUGAGGAAGGAAGAAGGGAUAUGAUCAACUGGCUGAAUAAAUACAUGUAGAAGAAAUCAAGUGCCCAUAAAAUAAAACACUGGCUUAUGAAACUGGAAAAUAAUAAAGAUUAUAUUGAUUAAAAUGCUCUUAAAAUUGGCAAAAUACUUAAAAAUACCUUUUACAAUAGCACUACUUGUAUGUACUUAUUUUCUAAGGAGAUGUUUAUAUUUUUGCAAAUGCUGAAAGUUGUAAUGUAAAAAUUUUUCAAAAUUCAACUUCAUGUGCCUUAAAAUUAUUAUCAUAUGAUGCGGGGUUUCUUCUAGAAUCUGAAAGAUUCCCUUUCUUAUAUUCCUAUCAGUGUAAUAAAAAAGUCAUUGAAACUCUGUGUCUGCUCAGAUAAUGCUCUUGUUAAAGCUGUGUUUAAAGUUGUUGGGCUGUGAGACAUGUGACAUCAUGGAGGGAAAGCU